GGUGGGAAGUGGGAAGGGUAUUGUCCUGGUUUCCAUUUUUUGUUGAUCGGUUGUCUCUCCGGACAGAUUACAGAAUGGGAGCUUGCGUAUCCAAACCCAGCAAGUGUGUAGUGGGUGGAUUGAAUCUUAGAAGAAAGGGUCGUCGGAUUGGGAGGCCAAGGAGAAGAACCAAGACUCAAUCUCUUUCAAACAAGCUCAGCAAGGUUGAACCUUCUCAUUCUACGGAUCUUCCUCACCGCAAUCCCACAUACCAAGGAAAAUCUGAGGCUUGGUUUGAUCCAGACACAGUGAUUGAUUCUGAUGGUGAUGAUGAUUUUUAUAGUGUUCAAGAUGAUAUGUCUCAAAUUGAAAGUGGAUCCUCGUCAGACGUUGUUACUCCAAGAUAUUCUGACAACAGGCAUUUUAACGUGGCUUAUCCCUCUGAUCCUGAAGUGAAGCCAAGUGGACCAUCAUCCAGCAACUUGGAAGCUCAUACGGCUAAAGAAGAUUCUGCUCGAGAAGGGAAUAUGAACAAUGCUCAGCUGCAAGCUGAUGAUCACCAGGAGCAGGCAAAUGAUCAAGCUCAUUUUGAUAUAGUCUCUUCUCAUUCCGUGGAUAGAAGUGCUGUAAAAAGUGAAACGGCAAAGUUGCACAAUUGUGGACCUCAAGCUCAUAACUGUCUGCCUUGCCUUGUUUGUUCUACCUCCCGAGAAGAGAAGACCGCAAAGUCAUUAGCCCCUCAUUCAACAAAUUUCAAGAAAAGAUCAUCUUUUAAGCUUUCAUUUAAACGCCGAGAAGGACAAGCUAGUUCUGCUUUAUUGUCGCCAAGGGCUACUGUUCAAAGACCUUUAGCUGGUUCUCAGGUCCCGCAUUGCACAGCUGAGAAAAGAAUUUCCGAAUGCUGGUCAGAGGUUGCUCCCAAUACUUUUAGAGUUCGUGGACAGAAUUUUAUGAGGGAUAAAAAGAAAGAAUACGCUGCAAACUAUGCAGCAUUUCAUCCUUUUGGUGUCGAUGUAUUUUUGUCUCCACGGAAAAUUGAUCAUAUUGCACGUUUUGUGGAACUUCCUUCAAUUGAUUCAGCUGGGGAAGUUCCUCCAAUUCUUGUUGUAAAUCUUCAGAUACCACUGUACCCUGCAACUAUUUUUUCAAGUGAAUGUGAUGGAGAAGGCAUGAAUUUGGUUUUCUACUUCAAGAUUUCUGAGAAUUACUCGAAGGAACUUCCAGUUCAAUUCCAAGAAAAUAUCAGGAGGAUAAUUGAUGGUGAAGUUGAGAAAAUCAAAAGCUUUCCUCUGGACACAAAUGCGCCAUUUAGGGAAAGAUUGAAGAUUUUGGGCCGACUGGUGAACAUGGAAGAUCUUAACUUGGGUGUGGCUGAAAAGAAGCUCAUGAUCACCUACAAUGAAAAGCCUGUUCUUUCACGUCCUCAACAUGAAUUCUACUUGGGAGCAAACUACUUUGAGAUUGAUUUGGACAUACACAGGUUUAGCUACAUUGCAAGAAAGGGUUUUGAAGCAUUUCAUGACAGACUGAAGCAGUGUGUUUUUGAUUUUGGUCUAACAAUUCAGGGUAACAAGGCUGAUGAUUUACCUGAGCGUAUAUUAUGUUGCAUACGGUUAAAUAAAAUCUGUUAUAGUAAUUACAACCAACUGAGCGUCUGACUUAACAGAGCCAACCAAAGCUGCAAUUUAGUGAGGGGAAGAACCACACCCUGAGCCAGCUUUACAGCCCUCAAGGCUAUCAUUUGAACAGGUUACUGAUUUGAGUGUACAGAUAAAGCAUAAAUUCGAAUGCAGUGAAUAAGAAAAGAAUUCAUCAAAUUUUGGUUAACGUAAAAGCUGUUGUCGAUUCAUGAUUAGUACUGUUAUCCAGAAUAUUCCAAAUUGCUUCAAGGCUAUCAUUUA